GCGUCAACUACCACCUCGCCACGUCGAUACCAUACCGGCAGCGCACCGAAAUUGCCUCGCUGCUCGACAACAACGGCGGCGUGCGCACUGACCCCGCGAGCCCGCACCUCACGCACGUCAUCACCAAUACCACCCGCUAUGAGGGCCACGAGCGCACGAGCAGGGAGGGCGUCGCGCUCGUCACGCCGCUGUGGGUGGAAAAGACGAUGGUGCUCAAUAAGACUAUGCUCCCUCGAUAUUACUCCCCUGACCCCGCCAUGAUCUUCUCAGGCAUCGUAGGCUGCGCAACAGACAUCCCCGCUCCCGACGUCGAAGUCCUCUCCGCGGGCAUCUGCGCGCUCGGCGGCCAAUGGCGCAUCGGCCUCACAAAGGACGUCACGCACCUCUUCGCGGUGCACACCGGCACGGACAAGUACGCGACCGCGAUGCACUUCCGGCACAUGACGCGCACGCACGUCGUCGCGCCGCACUGGUUCGAGGACUCGGUCAGGAUCGGCGCGUGUAUGCCCGAGGGCGCGUAUGAGUGGCCCGAGCCGAGGGUUAUGCAGCCGGGCUUUGUGGUGGGUGCGGACGGGGCGGGGGUGGAUGAGAAUGGGAGGAGGGCGAAGAGGGUGAGGAGGAGUGGUGUGGACGGUGCGGAGGAGGGUGUGGAGGGCGAAGGGGACGGGAAUGCGGACGGAAGGGAGGCGCAUCCGCCGGUGUGGGCGGGGAAGAAGGUCAUGCUUUCGGCAUCGCUCGGGCUGAACGAGCGCGCGCGCGAGUCGAUCGAGGAGCGGAUACGCAGCGGCGAGGGCCUCCCUGUGCGCGUCGAGGCGAGGAGCGGGCUCGACGACGAGGACGAGAUCGACGAGGCGGAGGGGCGCGCGGCAGAGGACUGCGAUGUGCUUGUGACCAAGUAUCGCAGCGGGAAGGCGUAUUUUAAGGCAUUAAGAAAAGGUAUCCUUAUCGGUACAUUAUCCUGGUUCUUCAACGUAUCCGCAUCUGGCACAAUGUCGUCGGCGAUGGACAGCCUGCUGUGGUACCCCACCCCGCGACUGCCUAUCAGCGGGUUCGAGGGCAUGCAAAUAACUAUCACGAACUACACCGGGCCUGUGCGCGACUACCUCAAGCGCCUAAUCGAGCUCACGGGCGCGGAGUUCACGCCGCAGAUGAGCGCGUCGAAUAAGGUGUUGAUCGCGGGAUAUCAACCCUCGCCAAAGGCGCAGCGCGCGCUGACGUGGUCUAUUCCGAUCGUGAACCAUACGUGGCUCGAGGACUGCUUUGUGCAGUGGCGGUGGGUUCCUCUUUCUCUCUUCCUUUCUCUUCUUCCAUUUGCCUUUCCAUUUGUCAUUUUCCCUUUUGCUUUCACUCCUCCCUUGCUCUCCUCUUCAUCUGUCCCCAUCCCUGUCCCCGUCCUAUCCUCAUCCGACUCAAAACUGACGCUCCCUGCACUCGUGCGUAUAUACAGAAACCUAACCGUCGGUAGCGAGCGCUACGUCGUCUUCCCGCACGGCGUCGACUUUGGACAGCUGCUCGCCGAGGCGGAGGGCAAGAACGGCAUCAUCGGGUGUCGUUCCGUGUUGCCCGUUGACGAUGUCGAGGCUGAGGAGAAGCGCGAUCGGGAGGCGAGGGAGGUGCUGAGGCGCGCGAGGGAGAGGGCGGAGGCGAGGGCACGGGCGAGGGCAGGGGCGCUCGAUGGGGAUGGGGAGGAGGUGGAGGUGGAGGUGGAUGCGAUGGAGGGUGUUGAUGGGCGGCCGGCCCGCGUGGCGAGGUCGCCGCAGAAGGUGCCGGAGACGGUCAAGUCGUCGUCGUCGCCUGUGCGGGCGGCUGCUCGCACUACCACCGUUACUCCACGGAAGUCAACGUCGCCCAGCAAGCCGAAGCCCGUGGUUAUUGUUGCGACACCCGCAAAGGCAGCGCCGGGCGUCGCGGCGCGCAUGAAGACGCGGUCGCCCGCGAAGCCGGUGGUGUCUGCGAUUGGGAUGUCGGAGAGCAUGCGCGAGGUGGAGGAUGAUUUGCGGAUGGAUGUUGAUGCGGACGAGGAUGAAGAGGAAGAUGACGACGCGCCGCUGGAGAGGGCGCCGACUCCCCCAUCGCCGUCGAAGAGGAAGCGGGGCAUGCAGCCGAAGACGCAGUCGCCGGUGAAGCUGCGGGCUGGCGUGGCGGAGCGCGAGGAUGGAGACGAGGAGGAUGAGGAUGGCGAUGGCGAUAUCCAGAUGAUCGAGCCUGUGCAUAAGGGCAGAGUUACGCGGUCUUCGCCGAGGAAGACGGUGCGGAGGGAGGUGCGCUCUGAGACGGAGGAGGAAGACGAUGAUGAUGACGAUGAGAUUCCGGAGAACUUGACGAAGAAGGCGCGCGAGCAGCAGCAGCAGCAGCAGCAGCGGAAGACGCAGACGCAGACGAAGAAACCGACAACGGCGGGUCGCAGGGCUGUGCGCUCCGACUCUGAGGAAGAAGGCGAGGAGCCAGCGCCAAUGCCAAGGCGCGCAAGCACCUCCAAGGCGAAGACCGCGAGCCCUGCGAAGGGCUCGUCGCGGAAGAAGGCAGCGCCGACGGAGACAUCCGAUUCGGAGGUGUACAAGAGCCCGCCGAAGGCGAAGGCGCAGGGCAGGACGACGGUGGCGUCCCGGAUGAAGGCGAGGGCGAAGGCUACGCCGGAGUCUGAGGACGGGUACGAGAUUUCGGUCGGGGAGGUGGCGCCGCCGCCCGCGCCCAAGCCGAAGUCGAAGGCGCAGGGCGGCUCUAGGUCGCCGGCGAAGACGAAGGUGAGGGGUAAGCUGGUGUCCGAGGAAGAGGAGGAGGAAGAGGAGGAGACGCGCUCGCCGUCGCCACCGAGGCCGCCUGCUAAGGUCAAGAGCGCGCUGCGGAAGAGCGGGUCGUCGUUCAUGGACGCGGUGGUCAUCACCACGCCUUCGCCGCGCAAGAAGGCGAAAGCUGCUGCCGAUGCUGGAGCGGGCAAGCGCGACCGGGCGGGCUCGCUGCGUGCUGGCGCGGCUGAGUCGAGCGCGAAGGAGUCGCCGCGGGCGAGGCGCGGGCAGCCGUCCCCUGCGCCCAAGAGUCCUGCGAAGAGCAAGCGCAAGCGCGAUGCGGAGGAGGCAGAGGAGGAGGAGGAAGCCGAAGCUGAAGUCAUCGUCGACACCACCUUCGCGGACGCCGAGACGUCGUACACGGUCGCGUUCACUCAGGGGAACGGCCGCGCGCGGCGGAGCGCGGCUGCGAAGGCGACGACGAAGCUGCACGAUGUGAUUAUGCCGGAUGUGGUGAGCUUCGAGAAGGAGCGGAAGAACGCGCGGAGGCGCGGGUCGGAGGCGUAUGGUUACCAGGAGAGCGAGCGGAGCGAGUAUGUCGAGUCGGAGAGGACGAGUGCUGUUGGUGGGGGCGCGGGGAAAGGCAAGGGGAAGCGGGGGAGAGGGGAGAAUGGGGACGGGGAUGGGGAGGACAGUGAUGUGCAUGAGAUGCCGCCGCCGACGGCGUCGAAGGCGAGGGCGGCUAAGCGGUCCAAGAAGGAUGCGGACGAGGAGAAAGAGGAGGAAGAGAAAACUUCGCGUGCCAAAGGCGAUGCAAACGCACAGAGUGCAAGUGCGAGCCCGUCGAGGAAGCAAGUUACGAUAUUGACGACGGGAGUGACGCUAUCUGAUGAUGUUCAGAAGCGCCUAUCAAAGCUCGGCGUGCGGACCACGCAGACGGCGGCGCAGUGCACGCAUCUCGUUGUCAAGAAUGUUGUGCGCACCGAAAAGUUCCUAUCGGCUAUGGCUGUCGCGCCAUUCAUCGUCACCGAGGAAUGGGCCAAGGAUUCGGCAAAGGCUGGGACCCUGUUACCGGAGGACAAGUACUCCAUCUCGGACAAAACAUCCGAGAAGAAAUGGAACUUCAAGCUCGCGGACGCGCUCGAGCGCGCCAAGGACGGCGGCGGUACGCGCCUCUUCAGGGGCAUGGUGUUCUACGUCACGCCCAAAGUCCCCAUCGACACCAAGCUGCUCAAAAACGUUGUCGCAUCUGGCGGUGGUGCGGUCCAAACCGCGUCGCCCACCGUGCGCUCGCUCAAGGGCAAGGAAAACCGCUACGUCGUCUCGUGUCCGGAGGACAUCUCGAUAUGGCGUCCGAUCGCGCAGGAGGGGUACCCGGUGUACACCGCCGAGAUGCUGCUCCUCGCCAUUCUGCGGCAGGAGAUUGGGUGGGAGGACAAGAGCACGAAAGUGCCCGGGUCGUAUUAGAGAAGAAGAAUAAAAACCUGACAUGUCAGUUUUGCAUCACCUAUUAUAGCUUAAUAAGCGCUCGCGCUGGAGGUGUCGGGCGCGUGUGUUGUUUUCGUAUGUACAUUGCUUUCUUUGUUGCUUUUUGCUGCUAUUGGAUUUCGAUGCGCUUGCUUGUGG